AUGGUUUUGGUUUGGGUGGUAGCUUUGUUUGAGGACAUUCGGGACCUCGACUCAUCGGGGUUGGUGUCUUUUUCUCUCCCCCUCUCCUCGCCUGUUGUGAUUCGUGUAACGGUGGUCUCUUCCUCUCAUUGUCCUUGUGCCACGGUUUGGGUUAAGUUGCUGUCGAAAUCUGAGCUCAUGCAGCUAAUGUUGAUUUGGCGUACGUCGUCUGCAAGCUCUUGUUCGGUCUUGCUCUACCAAGAUGUUUGUGUUGUUCUUGUUCUGGCAUUCCUUGAUUGCCUUGUGUUUCUGCCUCUUUACUGCGAGCGGAGGAAUUGUUUGAGUCCUUUCGUUGCCUCCUCCUAA